AUGAAUACGAAAUCCAGCAUCGCUGGUGACAAGCGUGAAUGUGGAGGAACGCCUGGAGCCAAGGGUGAAUGUGGAGGAACGCCUGGAGCCAAGGGUGAAUGUGGAGGAACGUCUAGAGCCAAGGGUGAAUGUGGAGGAACGCCUAGAGCCAAGGGUGAAUGUGGAGGAACGCCUAGAGCCAAGGGUGAAUGUGGAGGAACGCCUAGAGCCAAGGGUGAAUGUGGAGGAACGCCUAGAGCCAAGGGUGAAUGUGGAGGAACGCCUAGAGCCAAGGGUGAAUGUGGAGGAACGCCUAGAGCCAAGGGUGAAUGUGGAGGAACGCCUAGAGCCAAGGGUGAAUGUGGAGGAACGCCUAGAGCCAAGGGUGAAUGUGGAGGAACGCCUAGAGCCAAGGGUGAAUGUGGAGGAACGCCUAGAGCCAAGGGUGAAUGUGGAGGAACGCCUAGAGCCAAGGGUGAAUGUGGAGGAACGCCUAGAGCCAAGGGUGAAUGUGGAGGAACGCCUAGAGCCAAGGGUGGAGGAACGCCUGGAACUAGUAGCAGUAAAUCACGAUGCUGUGUUUGA